AUGACGACGACAGCGACGACGACAACAGCGCCAGCGCCUGUCGAACCCUCCGGCAAGAACGGCCUUCUCCAGCACACCAGCAAGGGACGACCGGAUUCCGGUGCCACAACCACCACAACCGCCACAGCCACCACAACCACCACCACCGCCACCACCGCCCACACAGAUCAUUACUAUCCCUCGGACGAAGAGGAGGCGGCGGCGGCGGCGGCGGCAGCAGCAGCAGCAGCAGCAGCAGCAGCAGGAGAGGGGCACGACCACGACCGCGACCACGACCCCGCCAUGGCGGAGGCCGAUCAGGAAGAUGGCAAGGCGCGCAGCUUGGGCCUCCCGCUGCGAUCUCUGACGCGCAAGGGACCGCCGGGCGGCUUCGACGACACGCCCCUCCCCGACGCCCCGCAGGGUUACACCCUCCGCUUCACCUUCCACUACGCCGUGAACCUGCCGCCUGCCGACUUCAACUCGGGCGCGGCGGAUCCGUACCUGACGGCCACGCUCAAGGGCACGCAGCCCAGGCGCCACAAGGAGGACCCGGACCUGACCAUGCGCACCCAGACCGAGCGCAGGACGCUGCACCCGCAGUGGGAGGCCCAGUGGGUCGUGGCCAACGUGCCGCCGACGGGCUUCGUCCUCAAGUGCCGCCUGUACGACGAGGACUACGCCAACUCCGACGACCGCCUGGGCAACGUCACCGUCAAGGUGCCCCGGCUGUACGAGGGGUGGGAUCAGUUCCCCCUACCCGGGCGGGAGCUGCAGGCCAAGAAGCGCGUCAUGAGCAAGCGCGCCCUCGUGUUCAAGGGCCUGUCGGGCGUCGUGACCCACAACUUCGACCUCACCCCCAGGUUGUGCCUGAGCAUCGAGAUGCUCGGCAAGUCCGACCCCCCCUUCGCCCAGAUGUACACCGUCGGUCCGCAGAGGUGGUGCAGGCACUUCAGUCCCAUGAUCGGCAGGCUCAUCGGCACAAAGGUCGACGCCGACGAGGAGCAGGAGGCUGAGGCCGCCGCCGAGAGUCAACGUCCCGGGUCUCGUCACGAGCCCAGCAGGGCGACUCAGAAAUACGACUUUCAAGCCAACGAGAUGCAGCUCAAGGGUCCGGUGCCCCCCCGCCUGUACCACCGGUUCGUCGAAUUCCGACCCAUCAUCGGGUCCAUGUUCACGUCUACGGGACUGCGGGGCAAGGUGCUCAACGCGGCCCUGCACAAGCAGCACGCGCGCAUCUACAACUUCGACAAGUCGACCGAGUGGGGCCAGUUCGAGCCGUGCACCGAGGAGGCGUCGCUGCAGCUCCUCCGCCUGGCGCACUUCGACCAGGGCGGGCGCAUAUUCACGUACGUGCUGACGCUGGACGGGCUGCUGCGCUUCACCGAGACGGGCCACGAGUUCGGCAUCGACCUGCUGAGCAAGCAUACGAUGCACUCCAACGUGCAGACGUACAUUGCCUACUCGGGCGAGUUCUUCAUCCGGCGGACGCGCCACCCCCACCCUUCCAACGACGACCCGGACCCGGCCGAGAGGACGCACCCGCCCGACAAGUCGGUUCCCGGCGGCCCCCCCCGGUCCCCGCCGCCCCUGGACCCGGCCUACUACCAGCUCAUCAUCGACAACGAGUCGGGCACGUACCGCCCCGAGAAGUCGGUCCUGCCCGAGCUCAAGCAGUUCCUCGAGCGCAACUUCCCCCGCCUCGGCGUCGUCGCCAUGUCCUGCGGCGACGACCGGCUGCGCAAGCUCAAGGACAAGCAGCGCAGCGUCAAGAAGCAGGAGGGCCGCAUCGUCAACAUGGUCAUGAACAACGGCAGCAGCAGCAGCCUGUCCUCGGCCGAGAGCCAUCUCGAGCACCGCGGCGAGAACUGGGACACGGAGCAGCUGAGCAAGAGGGAGGCCGCGUAUGCUGUCCUGGAGGACCCGAGCAAGGCCAAGGAAGCGGUGCAGAGGUUCCUGCCCAUCAGGUCUGCGAAGCCGGGGAGUACUUCCAGGUGA